AGGAUUACGUGUUGGGGAUGUUGUCGUGAACCAGUGAAUAAACCACAGACUGUGUAGAAGUACUUUGUGUCCACAGGAGCUGUCAGGUGAGGAGUCACAUGUGGAUUUCAGCUGCCCGGUGACCAACACAACACCAACUUCUCCUGUCGCUGGCAAACAUGGCUCAUCUCAAAACGCUUUUCAAGUAUGUGGACGAACACCAGGAUCUGUAUGUGCAGCGUCUUGCCGAUUGGGUGGCAGUCCAGAGUGUGUCUGCUUGGCCAGAGAAGCGUGGGGAGAUCAAGACGAUGAUGGAAAUGGCCGCCAAGGACAUUGAGAGACUGGGAGGCACAGUGGAGAUGGUUGACAUUGGCAAACAGAAGCUUCCUUCUGGAGAGGAGAUCCCCCUGCCUCCCAUUGUGCUGGGGCAAUUGGGGUCAGACCCUGGUAAGAAGACUGUGUGUAUCUACGGCCACCUUGAUGUCCAGCCAGCCAGCAUUGAUGACGGCUGGGAUACAGAGCCUUUCACUCUGGUGGAGAAAGAUGGUAAGCUCUUUGGAAGAGGUUCUACUGACGACAAGGGUCCAGUUUUGUGCUGGUUUAACUGCAUUGAGGCCUACCAGAAGAUCCAGCAGGAGCUUCCCAUCAAUAUCAAAUUCUGCUUCGAGGGGAUGGAGGAGUCUGGAUCUGAGGGCCUAGAUGAGUUAGUGCUAUCUCGGAAAGACACCUUCUUAAAAGACGUGGACUACGUCUGCAUCUCUGACAACUACUGGCUGGGCAAGACCAAACCCUGCAUCACCUAUGGUCUGAGAGGAAUCUGCUACUUCUUCAUUGAGGUGAGUGGCUGUGAGAAGGACCUGCACUCGGGGGUGUUUGGCGGCUCUGUACAUGAGGCUAUGACCGACCUUAUUGGACUUAUGGGCUCCCUGGUCAACCUGAAGGGAGAGAUUUUGGUUCCUGGGAUGAGCGACGAGGUGGCCCCUCUGACGAAAGACGAGGAAAAGCUGUAUGAGAAGAUUGAGUUUGAUCUGGAUGAGUACUGCAAAGAUGUUGGAGUUAAACAUCUGCUGCAUGAGACAAAGGAGAAAAUCCUAAUGCACCGCUGGAGGUACCCAUCUCUCUCUCUUCAUGGGAUCGAGGGGGCUUUCUCUGAAGCAGGUGCCAAGACUGUUAUCCCCCGCAAGGUCAUUGGCAAGUUCUCCAUCCGACUCGUCCCUGACAUGGACCCCGCAGUUGUGGAGAAGAAGGUUAUCGACCAUCUGAAGAAGACAUUUGCUGAAACGGGAUCCCCAAACAAACUCAAUGUAUAUAUGGGCCAUGGAGCCAAGGCCUGGGUCUCUGACUUCAACCACCCACACUACAUGGCUGGUCGAAAAGCCAUGAAGACAGUCUUUGGUGUGGAGCCGGACCUGACCCGCGAGGGUGGAAGCAUCCCCGUCACACUGACCUUCCAGGAGGCCACAGGGCGUAACGUCAUGCUGCUUCCGGUUGGAUCCUCCGAUGAUGGAGCUCACUCCCAGAAUGAGAAACUCAACAGAUCCAACUACAUUCAGGGAACCAAGAUGCUGGGUGCAUACUUCCAUGAGGUCUCUCAGCUGGAAUGAAGUCACGUCUCAUCAUGAAAAAUGUAAAAGAAUGUCCAUCCUCACUAUCAGAGCUGUAGGACUUGGUGGUAUGAUUUGCCUUCCACAGUUUACGUUUUGUACACACUGCCUCCUUAUAAUAAAAGUGUUUCUUUGUUA